AUGUCCUCCGAAACCCCCCUCCUCUCAGACCUCUGCACAAUCUGGUUCUCACAUCCAACCCCCCAAAUACCGCUGUCCCCGCUGCUCGACCCGCACCUGCUCCCUCCCCUGUUCUCGCCGCCACAAACUCUGGUCCCAAUGCAGCGCGUCCGCGAUCCAGCCGCCUACAUGAAGAAGAACGAGCUGGCGACUGAAUCAGCCUUCGACCGGGAUUUCAAUUUCAUCACGGGCAUCGAACGCACCCUGGAGCGUGCGGAGCGCGAUGCUGAGAAUAGGGGGAUCUCGGUACAGCCUGGGACUUCUGGGCGCGGGGUGGAUCUUGCGGUCGUGGGGUUGGAUGGGGAUGAGGAGAGUGGCAGGCCAGAGACGGGGAGGAAGAGGAGAAGGGUUGAGGGUGGUUCUGGGGGGUUUGUGAGGGGUGAGUUUGGGUUUCUUAGGGGCGCGGAGGAGGCUGGUGUUACUGUUCUUAGGGCGCCGAGGGGCAUGAGUCGGAAUAAGGCCAAUGCGUCGAAGUGGAUGCCUAAGAAUAAGUGUUUGAAUUGGUCGGUGGAAUGGAUUGCCUCCGAUGGAGAGAAGAGGAUUAGACUCUGCUUGGAGUCGUCGACUCUUGCUGAGGCUUACGAUCGGUCUUUUCCUUUGUCGAAGGAGGAGCGCGAACAGAAGAAGAAAGAUCAGGAAAGCAAGUCGGAAGAAGUGGAUGUCAAUUCGUCUGAACAACUACCUGAUACACGCGACCCUACUCCAUCUACCGCAGAAGCUACGCCUCAGGAAACGCCUAAGGAAGCCGUGCUUCCCAACCCUGAAAGCGAGACAAGACCGGACAUCACGCCGCAAGACCAGCCUACGCAAUCCACAGAUGAGAUUACCUCCCACCGCAACCUCUACUUCUAUCUCCAUCGCCCGCGGACGAGUACGAAACAGCCGGUGCUUGUCCCUCUCUCGCCCACUGCCACUCUUACCUCCGCUCUGCGCGACCGCACCGUUCUAGAAUUCCCGACUAUCUAUAUACUGUCAGACUCACCGGAUGCUUUGUCAUCGGAGGAAGAGAAUGCAAAGUUCCUUCUCGAGAAAGACUAUCUACGCAUGCAGCCACAAGGUGAAACCGAGUCGGGAGAAACCUCCGAGGCGGAUGGCGAGCAACUGGCACCCGGGUCUGUGGAUAUCUCCAAUGUAGAUGAGAAAAGGGUCUUGGAGGUACUGCAAAAAGAUCUAUUGGAGCCCGUUUAG